AUGGACACGCUGCGUUUGAACACUCGAAUGCUUUCGCCCCACUUGCUGCGAGCCCCCGGCAGCCUGGUCCACCCGCAACUCCCCUCACGAAUCCCUCUUCUGCUUGCCCCUGCCCGGCGGCGCUUCGAAAUCAAACCGCACACGCAGGACGCCGCGGAUGACCUGUCAUUCGCGCUGUUUUACUACACUGGCGCGGCCUCCCGCGCCGGCAUGAGCUAUUCGGGCGCCGUGCUGGGCACCCCGGACGGCAAGUGGCCGGAGCAGCACACCGCGCGCAUCGACGAGGCGCUGGAUCGCGCUGGUAUCAAGGGCUGGGAGCUGUCGCGUGUCGACAACAGCGACUGCGUGGGGGCGCCCCUGGCGCUCGCGUGA